UCCCAUGAUAUAAUCCAGUUUUACGAACCCGUAAAAUACUCUAUCCUGGGCAAUGUUCUCCCAAGGACUCGGUCCCGUUUGACCCCUCUAUUCCCGGUCGUUUCCCCAGCCCAGAGCCCCAGAGCAAAGGAAGGAGGAGGUCAGGGAGCUCUCAUGCCAUGCCACCACCCGCUUAAUUCCCUUCCCUUUGCCUUCCUCCUCCCAGUCCGGAUCCCCAUCCUAAAAGGCUCGCCACCUUCCAUGAAAUUCGGUCCAAUACUUCUUCCAUGAAAGUAUCGCCGGUCGAGGUGAGGUAGUAGCGCCGGAGUCGGCCCCACGUACCCACGACGACGCGUCAACGGCGGUCCCGCCCGUCCUCGCUUCCUCCUCCCCACGCGGUUGUUCCAGGAAAAUGCCGCUGUGAGUCUGAGGAGGCGCGUGCUAUUUAGGCGGGCAGACAAGGGUUGGUGGGGGGAAAGUGGAGAGGGUUUCCUCGCUUGUUUGACAGGAGGAGAGGAGAAGGGAGGGGAAGGGCGCCAGCAGCGAUGGAGAGCUACCUGAACGAGAACUUCGGGGGCGUCAAGGCCAAGCACUCGUCGGACGAGGCGCUGGGCCGAUGGCGCAAGGUCGUAGGCGUCGUGAAGAACCCCAAGCGCCGGUUCCGCUUCACGGCCAACCUCGGCAAGCGCUCCGAGGCCGCCGCCAUGAAGCGAACCAACCAGGAGAAGCUUCGUGUUGCUGUGCUUGUUUCAAAGGCCGCACUUCAGUUCAUCCACGGUCUUGCUCCCCAGAGCGAGUACACAGUCCCUGCCGAUGUGAAGGCAGCAGGCUACGGCAUCUGUGCCGAGGAACUGAGCUCAGUCGUUGAAAGCCAUGACCUCAAGAAGCUGAAAGCACAUGGUGGCACCGAGGCCCUCAUUUCUAAGAUAUCCACCUCAGAGUCGGAUGGGCUCAGCACGGCCAAGGGCAAGCUUGCUUCCCGGCAGGAGAUCUUCGGCAUCAACAAGUUUGCCGAGACAGAGGCCCGCAGCUUCUGGGUCUUCGUCUGGGAAGCGCUACAGGACAUGACGCUCAUGAUCCUUGCUGCAUGUGCGUUCUUCUCUCUUGUUGUCGGCAUUGCCACUGAGGGGUGGCCCAAGGGCGCACACGACGGCCUCGGCAUUGUGGCCAGUAUUCUUCUGGUCGUGUUUGUCACUGCGACAAGCGACUACCGGCAAUCCCUGCAGUUUAAGGACCUUGACAAGGAGAAGAAGAAGAUCACAGUGCAGGUCACCCGGAGUGGGUACCGGCAGAAGCUCUCGAUAUAUGAUCUUCUUGUCGGUGACAUUGUGCACCUUUCCAUUGGUGAUCAAGUGCCAGCUGACGGUUUGUUCGUAUCUGGGUUCUCGUUGCUGAUAAAUGAAUCAAGCCUGACUGGGGAGAGUGAACCGGUUGCUGUCAAUGCCGAGAACCCAUUUCUUCUGUCUGGUACUAAAGUUCAAGACGGUUCUUGCAAGAUGCUCGUCACAACAGUCGGCAUGAGGACUCAAUGGGGUAAACUGAUGGCCACCCUAAGUGAAGGUGGGGAUGAUGAGACGCCAUUGCAGGUCAAGCUGAACGGCGUUGCCACUAUCAUUGGCAAAAUAGGCCUUGUCUUUGCUGUUGUCACAUUUGCAGUGCUAACUGAAAGUCUGUUCCGCCGCAAGAUCAUGGAUGGUUCGUACUUGAGUUGGACUGGAGAUGAUGCAUUGGAACUGCUUGAGUUCUUUGCUAUUGCUGUUACUAUUGUUGUCGUAGCAGUUCCCGAAGGCUUGCCGCUCGCUGUGACCUUGAGCCUUGCAUUUGCCAUGAAGAAGAUGAUGAAUGACAAGGCACUUGUCCGACACCUUGCAGCUUGUGAGACCAUGGGCUCAGCAACCUCUAUUUGCAGCGACAAGACUGGCACACUCACGACAAACCACAUGACUGUUGUCAAGGCCUGCAUCUGUGGCAAGAUUAAAGAAGUGGAUAAUUCUUCGGAGACCAAGAGCUUAUUCUCUGAGUUGCCAGAUUCCGCCAUGACAAUGCUGUCGCAGUCCAUAUUUAACAACACCGGUGGGGAUGUUGUCAUCAACCAGGAUGGCAAACGAGAAAUACUGGGCACACCAACUGAGACAGCAAUUCUAGAGCUUGGCCUGUCACUCGGUGGAGACUUCCAGGCGGUGAGAAAAGCGAGCACCCUCGUCAAAGUUGAGCCAUUUAACUCCGCAAAGAAGAGAAUGGGAGUGGUCAUCCAGCUGCCAGGGGGUGCAUUCCGUGCUCACUGCAAAGGCGCAUCAGAGAUCAUAUUGGCAUCUUGCAGCAAGUACAUAAAUGAUCAAGGAAAUGUUGUCCCCCUUGAUAGUGCAACCGUUGCUCAUUUGAAUGCCACUAUUGAUAGCUUUGCAAAUGAGGCACUUCGUACUCUGUGCCUUGCCUACAUCGAAGUCGAGGGUGACUUCUCAGCUAAUGAUCCGAUUCCUGAAGAUGGGUACACCUGCAUUGGUAUUGUGGGGAUUAAAGAUCCAGUGCGUCCGGGUGUAAAGGAAUCCGUUGCCAUCUGCAGGUCGGCGGGUAUUACUGUUAGGAUGGUCACAGGUGACAAUAUCAAUACAGCAAAGGCAAUUGCCCGGGAAUGUGGCAUUUUGACCGAGGGUGGUCUUGCAAUUGAAGGCCCUGAUUUUAGAAUUAAGAGUGCAGAAGAACUGAAUGACAUUGUACCAAAGAUACAGGUGAUGGCGAGAUCUUCACCCCUUGACAAGCACACCUUGGUGAAGCAUCUUCGGACUAAGUUAGGUGAAGUUGUUGCGGUGACUGGCGACGGGACAAAUGAUGCACCAGCACUUCAUGAGGCUGAUAUUGGACUUGCGAUGGGCAUUGCUGGAACUGAGGUUGCCAAAGAGAGUGCCGAUGUCAUUAUUCUUGAUGACAACUUCUCCACUAUAGUCACUGUUGCUAAAUGGGGUCGAUCAGUGUACAUCAACAUUCAGAAGUUUGUGCAGUUUCAACUGACAGUCAACGUGGUUGCUCUCGUUGUGAACUUCUCAUCAGCUUGCUUGACAGGGAGUGCUCCCCUUACUGCUGUCCAGCUGCUCUGGGUCAACAUGAUCAUGGACACACUAGGAGCACUAGCAUUGGCUACAGAACCUCCAAACAAUGAACUGAUGAAGAGGACUCCUGUUGGAAGGAAAGGGAACUUCAUCAGCAACAUUAUGUGGAGGAACAUCAUGGGACAGGCAUUCUACCAGUUCCUUGUAAUUUGGUAUCUGCAGACCGAAGGAAAGUGGUUGUUUGGAAUCAAGGGCGACAAUUCCGAUCUAGUGUUGAACACACUCAUCUUCAAUUGCUUUGUGUUCUGCCAGGUGUUCAAUGAGGUGAGCUCAAGAGAGAUGGAAAGGAUAAAUGUAUUCAAAGGCAUCCUAAACAACAACGUGUUCGUCGCCGUGCUAGGUAGCACUGUCAUAUUCCAGAUCAUAAUAGUACAGUUCCUGGGUGAUUUUGCGAACACUACCCCUCUCUCAUUUAAGCAAUGGUUCACCUGCAUCGUCAUCGGCUUCAUAGGCAUGCCAAUCGCUGCGAUAGUCAAGCUUAUCCCGGUUGGUUCAAGUUAGUAAACCAGAACUAAUUUCAGUCAGGAACUGAAGUCAGGUAGUAGGACUACGUGCUGAUGAUACCGGUGCAGCUUUGGGCAUCGCCAUGAGCAUAAGAAACUACUCUUUCCGCUAUAAUGCAUUUUAUCUAGGUGAAUCUCUGCCCUUUUCUUUCGCAUUUGAUCUAGAGGAUGAGCCAAGAUUGUGGGCUUAAUUCUUAAAAAUGUGUUUAGUAGACCCCUGUAGCUUUUGUUUAUUUUUGUUGGUUUCCUCUCGUUCUUUCCUUGGAAUGGUGGAACUUGGAACUGUAUAUGACUCGCCUGAUAAAUUUGCACCAACCUAAUGUACUGGGGGCAUCCGUUUGAUGUACACCUUUGACAACGCUGUUUGGAUUGACU